AUGUUCAUUGUAAGGAGGACACCACGUACCAUUGUGUCUCACACCAAAUAUGUGUCACAAUUUCAUACUACCGGUUCUGCUUUGAAUAUCAUGGAUUGGUUUCGUUCCAAUAAAAAGAAGGAACAGUUAAUGGAGACAGUGGCGUCUGCUACUAAGGAAGGAGUUGUUGCCAGCAAGGAUAAGUUGGAAUUAAUACCAGAAAACUUUAUAGGUCGGAAGAAGAACAGAAAGAGAGCUAAAGGUACGGCCAUACCAUUUAAUGAAAUUCCCUUUAAUUCAUGGUUGAGUAAACAGAAAGUUUCCAAAGAAGAGAAACUUGAUUUGAUUUUGAAAGAAUCAUUGGAGUCAGCUGGGAUGGAGGGAGAUACGCUGGAUCUGGAAUUCCCUGAUUUAAUAAAGAAGUUCCAAUUUACAAAGAUGUUACAGGCAAAGACAGGUUAUUUGAUUCCCGAUUUCCAACUCACUGUGCUAGCUAAACCUUCUGAUUUUAAGACAUACUUUAUUGAUGAGAUUCUCUCAGGUAAACUGGCUAGAUUCAACGAGGCAGAACCAAAUGCUAUCCACUUAACUAAAGAAAGUUAUGAUGCUCCUAAUAUUUACCUAGAAAAUACUAUUGAAGAAAGAGAUAUUUCUGGUAAACAACAAAGGAAAAAGUUCAAUACUAUUCUGAAACAAAUGCAUGACUUAGACGAAGUUAAGACUGAAACGUUGAUAGAGAAUGCUAGACGUGCAGAUGGUGCCAGCCAAUAG